AUCUCCUUCUAUUUGAACGCUGUCGGCUUCCUCUCUCUCUCUCGGCCAUGGCUGCAGCAUCGAAGAGAAGCCGAAGCGCUGGUAUGCCACUUGUCCUCAUCUCCAUCGUCUUCUUCCUCUGGUUUACACAUUUGGUCUCUGGUAACAAGACCUAUAUAGUAUACAUGAAUCCGGAUUACAAACCGUCCGUUCACCCAACAUAUGCUCACUGGUACUCAUCCCACCUCGCUUCACUCUCGAUUGACCCAGCACGGCACCUGAUCUACUCCUACUCCAACGCACUUCACGCCUUCGCUGCCGCCUCCCUACUCCCCCGGCACCUCCGCAUCCUUCGCCGCUCCCCUGCCGUCCUACACCUUCACCCCGACCCCUUGAUUCGUCUCCACACCACUCGAACCCCUUUCUUCCUCGGACUUUCUCCCUCUUCCCCUUCAUCCCCUUUCCGUUCCGCCGAUGCUGCUUCUGGCUCCGUCAUCAUCGGCGUCCUUGACACCGGCGUCUGGCCCGAAUCCCCUUCCUUUGAUGACGCCUCGCUUCCUCCCAUCCCCUCCAGAUGGCGCGGCCACUGUGAAGCCGGCGUCGACUUCGCCCCUUCUCUCUGCAAUCGUAAACUCAUCGGCGCCCGCGCUUUCUCUCGCGGUUUUCUUGCUGGCUCUGGCGCUCCGGGUAAGCCUCCACAGGAAUAUGACUCUCCACGCGAUCGCGAUGGUCACGGAACCCAUACCGCCUCCACCGCCGCUGGCGGCCCUGCCGCCAAUGCCAGUCUUCUCGGCUACGCCUCUGGCACCGCCCGAGGCAUGUGUACCGCCUGCCGCAUCGCUGCUUACAAGGUCUGCUGGGCCUCGGGUUGCUUUGGUUCCGACAUCCUUGCUGGUAUCGAUCGUGCGAUCUCCGACGGCGUAGACGUCCUCUCUCUCUCCCUUGGCGGCGGUACUGCGCCAUUCUUCCGCGACACUAUCGCGGUUGGCGCCUUCGCAGCCGCCGAGCGUGGUAUCUUUGUCGCUUGCUCCGCAGGAAACAGCGGCCCGGGGUGGGGAAGCAUCACCAACUCUGCCCCAUGGAUAGCCACAGUCGGCGCUGGCACAAUCGAUCGAGAUUUCCCGGCUUACGUCACCCUUGACUCCGGCGACCGUUUUGCUGGUGUGUCUCUCUACAGCGGUGAAGGCAUGGAGGAAACUCUCGUUCCCCUCUUCUACGAUAACCGGAACAACGCCAGUCGAAUGUGUCUAUCUGGCACGCUGGACCCGGCGAACAUAAAAGGCAGAGUAGUACUCUGCGAUCGCGGUGUUAGCGCGCGGGUGGAGAAGGGCGCCGUCAUUCGAGACUCCGGCGGCGUCGGUAUGAUUCUUGCCAACACAGCGGCGAAUGGAGAGGAGCUUGUCGCCGACAGCCACCUCCUACCGGCAGUAGCCGUGGGCAAGAUCGCUGGCGAUAAAAUACGGAAAUACAUAAUCUCCCAUCAGAAACCAAAAGCAGUUCUCCGCUUCGGCGGCACGGUCGUUGGAGUCCGUCCCUCGCCUGUAGUGGCAGCUUUCAGCUCCCGAGGCCCAAACCCCGUGACGCCGGAAAUUCUAAAACCCGACUUGAUAGGGCCCGGGGUUAACAUACUCGCGGGCUGGUCGGGCUCCGUCGGGCCGACCGGCAUGCCAAAAGAUGCCCGGAGAACGCAGUUCAACAUAAUGUCGGGGACAUCCAUGUCCUGCCCUCACAUUAGCGGCUUAGCAGCGCUGCUCAAGGCUGCUCACCAGGACUGGAGCCCUGCUGCGAUCAAGUCUGCGCUGAUGACCACCGCUUAUUCCCGCGAUAACACUGGAAAUCACGUCCGCGAUGCCGCCGGUGGAUUGGCUGCGACGUCUUUGGCCUACGGCGCCGGCCAUGUCGAUCCUCAGAAAGCACUCGAACCUGGUUUGGUCUACGAUAUCACGACUGAUGACUACAUUGCGUUUUUGUGCUCCCUGAACUACACCCUUCCUCACAUUCAGGCGAUCGCUAAGAGAAGCAAUUUUAGCUGCUCACGUCGGCUGAAAAGUCCCGGCGAUCUCAAUUACCCUUCCUUCUCUGUCAUCUUUUCAGGUAAUACUAAGGUGGUAAGGUACGGCCGAGAGCUGACGAAUGUAGGAGCCGCGGGAUUGGUUUAUGAAGUGAGCGUCGGUGGUCCGGCCACCGUAGGCGUGAGUGUGAAGCCGUCAAGGCUUUUCUUCAAACAGGUGGGACAGAAGCUCAAGUAUAGCGUCACGUUUGUUUCCAUGAGAGGAGCUAGCGCUAAGCCGCCGCCGCCGCGAACUGGAACGACGGCGUUUGGAUGGCUGACUUGGAGCAACAAACAGCACAAAGUGCGCAGUCCGAUUGCUUACACAUGGAGGAUGUGAACGGCGUAGCUGAGAUUUGGGGGAAGAGGAAGGCUGUAGUGAAUCAAAUUGUAAAUUUUCUGGUUUGAUUUGCGUUUUCUUUAUACAUUUCGCCUGCGUUUUUUUC